UCCUUGUCCCGGCAGUAAAGCUUUACCCUGCUGGGGAGCUGCGUGUCACUGCAAGCGAAUGGCUCGGUCCAGUUCUCUGGCUAACUAAACGCUGCGCUUUUAUUGCUCCACAAAUACGCGCCGUAACACAGCCGAUAAGAUGCCUUUUCCACCUAUAAACCUCCAUUCGCGGAUAUCGUCGCCAGGGAAAGAUCUGUUCAGGAAGAAGAAACCCGGCACGACUGUUGUUCUUCCUCAGUCUUUGCUCAGUCAGAAGCCGCGCGAGGAGAAGGAACCGGAGAAGGACAAACUGUCCACGUCUUGGCCUAGUUCCAAUCUGAGACAGCUGGGACGUAAACCACAGCAGCAGCAGCAACAUUCUAGCAAAUUUCCCACAGACUGUUCAGUACCAAACCUUGACGUCGUGGACGUGAAAAGCGCGUGGCUGAACGCGUGCAAACCGCUGGGUGGCUCGUGUGAAAGCGUGCCGCGCUCCAGCUCCGGGGAAUCCGGGGCUCGGCGCGCAGUCGCCUACGGCAAAGAAGAGCUGGAGCAGGAGGUGCAGUUCUCCCUCAGCCUCACCCCAGAAGCCAUCCUCGUCAUUCAGAAACGCAACCUCGAAAAACAGAUGCUGGCCAAGCAGCAGAAGUGCUGCGGGUCCACGGACGCCAGACACCGCCGGGCUGCACCGUCCAAAAGGGCGCAGGGCGCGUCGAAGAGCACGGGCCCCGCCGUCAAACUGGAUAGCUCGAAUGACAUCAGCGCGAUCGUGAAGAUAUCACUGCUCAACGACCAGCACAAGUACGACGACGUUGAGUACGAAGAGGAGGACGGAGACGUGGACGAGACGGUGAUGCGGAAAUGUAAAGAGUGGCUGAAAGGUGUCGAGAGCGCAGCCGCCUUCAGCAAAGUGGACAAACUCACUGCUCUGCCUCAUCUCAAGAGCUGCUGAUGGAAGCCACUGUGAAAACCACAUCGGAAUGGUUACCCUAAAAAAAUAUCAAUGGACUGAAAUCUAAUUUCCUCUUGCUGUAGCCUGUUGAUAUGGAUGGCACUGUGUGUCUGUGUCUGUCAUGCGGCCCGUUGGCCCUUUAUUUCCACUCAGGUUGCGUUCUAAAUGUAGCGCCAUUCAGUCACACUCGGAUAAACCGAUGUCCAUGUUUUGAAGCUUCGGUACCUGUGCUCAUCAUGCACAGUCAAAGCCACAGGUGUUGUGCUGGGUAUUUUUUGGCAUGGAUAGGCUUUGUAAGUGCGGAUGUGAUGCUACCGUUUGGGACGCAGCUUCCCACUAGCGCGACGCUUUCCUUUGUGCCAGAAAUCAAAGACAGUGGGACAAACUUUACAAUGCAGAAUUCACAAAUGUGUGUGUGUGUGUGUGUGUGUGUGUGUGUGUGUGUGUGUGUGUGUGUGUGUGUGUGUGUGUGUGUGUGUGUGUGUGUAAAAAGCCUAUACACGGAGAAAAUGGGUUUGAUAAAACCAGCUUUGUACAGUAUUUAUUUAAUAACGUUAUGUUGUGUUUGUGUUUUAGCUCAGACCUUGUCAUUUUUAUGAUUUUUUUAUUAAAUAAAGUGUAUUACAUCCAG